AUGCGCCUCGCCUCCUCCGCCUUUCUACGCCGCGCCGCCGCCAUGUCCUCCCCCGCCUCCUAUAGCCGCAGAGGCUACCCCCGCCCUCGCCGCGGCUACUCGGGAAGGCCCUCGCCGCCGCCCCCGGACGCGGCCGCCGAGAUUGUCAGCGGGGAUUCCCAUCUCAGUGCCGUGCGCGCCGCCAACGAAUCGCUGCGUCGCGGCGGCGGCGGCGUCCGCGGGCCUCCGCCGCCCUACAGGCAGGGGCCUCAGCCUCAGCCUCACCAACCGCAGUAUGGCUACGGCUAUGGCUACGGAUACGGCCAAACGCCGCAGCCGGGCCCGCCUUAUGGGUUUGUGCCGUACAACUACGGCCACCCGCAGCAGCAGCAGCAGCCGCUGCCGCCGGGGCCUCAGUACGGCUACGGGGCUCCGAACCCGUACGGUCACGGGCACCUACGGCCGCAGCCGCAUGGACACGGGGCACCGAGUGCAGGGUUCCGCCCUGGCGCAGCGCAGCUGCCUCCGAGGCUGGCAGAUUACCGCCGACGGUGGCGCUUUGCGAAGCAGAGGCCGCCGCACCAAGCUGAGAGGUUUAAGGUUCUAUCAUACAAUAUACUUGCGGACUAUCUGGCCCAGGAGCACCAGUUUCUUUAUGAACGAAUACCAUCUUUCAUCCUGGAUUGGAACUGGCGCAAGGAUAAGUUACUGUUUGAGUUUGGCCUGUGGUCUCCAGACAUUCUAUGUCUUCAGGAGGUUGACAAAUUUACAGACCUUGAACAAGAAAUGGCAAGCCGAGGAUAUAACGGCACAUGGAAGACACGGACUGGAGAUGCAGCUGAUGGAUGUGCUAUUUUUUGGAGAACAACAAGGUUCCAGUUGCGCUAUGAAGAGGACAUUGAGUUCAACAAGCUUGGACUUCGUGAUAAUGUUGCACAGCUCUGUGUUUUAGAGUCGGUGGUCCCUCAAAAUGUGCAAACUGACUCUACUAGUUUAUCUACAAGCUCUAACCAUCCACAACAAGCUAAACAAGUUGUUAUAUGUAAUAUUCACGUUCUUUAUAAUCCGAAGAGAGGGGACAUCAAACUUGGUCAGGUCAGGACACUUCUGGAUAAAGCUUACACUCUAUCUAAGAUGUGGAAUAACGCUCCAGUGAUACUUUGUGGAGAUUUCAACUCUACACCCAAGAGUCCACUGUACAAGUUUAUGUUGGAGCAAAAGUUGAAUUUGUCUGGCCUUGCGAAAAAUACUAUAUCUGGACAGCAAACUGGUGGUAGUUCACAGGGGCUAUAUACUGGCCCUAAUAUAUCUCGAUCCCAUCCACCUUUUUAUCCAUCCAACAAUAGAGAGGGAAACAUAACUCUUCUAAAUGAUUGUAAGCCUCAAACUGAAACAGCAAAGUUGGUGGAGAAUUCUUCCCCUGCUGGAAGAGAACCUGUUUUAACUGAUACCUCUUCAGAGUCUCUCUGUGACUCUAAAUCAAGUUACAGUUGUGGCAAUAAUGUACCUUGUUCUGGCUCUUCUAAGCUCGAUGAGCAAGGAUUAUUGAACUGUUUGGAAGAUACUGUAAAGAGUGCCUGUGCUUUUGAUGCUGACGAAGAGUGUAAACCCACUGACAAAUCCAAUGAAGGGUCUCCGGGAGGGAUCAAAACUGAAUCUGGAGAAGGACCUGACAUUGCAGAUGCUCCGUCUGCUCCAGCUACAGUUUGUUCGGAGAUCCUUAGGUCAGGUUCGUGUGAAAUAAUUGAUAGCAGUCAGCUGCUUUCUUCAGACAACUUGGCUGGGGAUGUGAUUUCAGAAGAACUUACAGAUCAACUGUUUACUGUCUCACAAGAUAGGCCUCAUGAAAAGGAAAAUACCAUUGAAUCCAUGUUGUCUUCUGAAGAGAAUUGUGCAACUAAUGAACCAGAGUCAUCUCAUUUCAAUGGUUCUCAGAAUGUCAUUGAUGCCAUUCACCAGAUGAGUAAUGUGAAGCUAGAAGGAGAAAGUAGUACUGGAGUAGAAGAACCAGUACAUCAACCAAAUGGUGCUGUUUCAGAUGCAUGUGUCGAUCAAUGUUCUGCUGAAGUGGUAAAUAGUCAUUCAGUCUCUUGUAGAGAUGAGCCUGAAAACAAUGCUCAUGCUUUUGAAGAUGAUACAGCAACUGAUGAAGUUACCUGUACAGAUGUGAACUCUGACCCUUCCUUCUUUGAAGAGUUAUCUGGUGGUAAUGGUCACUUACUUGAAGAGGAAGAUCAGCUUCCAGAAACUUCAGAUAGUUCACUAUCUUCUCAGCAGGUUACAUUGAAUGAAGGGUAUUACUAUCAUGAUCCGUACAGGUGGACACCAGAAGAAAUAAAAGCUGCCACUGGGAAGGAUGAAUGCACUUUCAUGGAACACAGUUUGAAAUUAAGGAGUGUAUAUACUGACGUGGAGGAUUUUGAGGGAACAAAAGACGCCAGCAAGGAACCACUAGUGACAAGCUACAACAGAAAAUUCAUGGGAACAGUAGACUACAUAUGGGCCUCGGAAGGUCUGCAUACUGUUCAAGUAUUGGAUACAUUUCCCAAAGAGAUUUUGAAACAAACAAUUGGGUUCCCGACCAAGAAAUGGGGAAGCGAUCACAUUGCCCUUGCCUGCGAAUUGGCUUUUACAAAAUGA